GAUCUAACAGGUUAAAGGAAAAAACCUAAAAACGAACCAAGGCAAUAUCAACUGCUAACCGGGAUUCUCACCCGCCCCCACCAAGCGCUUAGGAACGUGUUGUGAAGGCGGAAUAGAGUUUGCCGUUGAAAUGAUGACUUCUAGUGUAGCCAAGUUUGAAGGGCGGAAUGCUAACGAACCGGGGCCACAGCACCUGUUUAUCCCGAAUCCUCCGAAUCAGAUGUGGGGAAAGGAGAAGAAGGAGUCGGAGCUUAUCAACCAUAGGAAUGCGCGAUCGACUUUACUUUGCGAGCUACGAGGUCUCCUAAAGACUUCUCGUCGAGGGACCGCAUCAGUCGAAGUGGUGGAACGCCCCCCUGAGUCAAAGGGGGAGCUUCUGCACCUCUCUCCAAGAGAUACGAUUCGGUAUCUGAAUCGGCUUCCAGAGAGUGAAGAGGCGGCUACUCUCCCAGCCCACGGGAAAGCCUCUUCCAGCAGUCGGCUCCCAGCCCCACAAUCAGAAUCAAACAGGAUGGGUCAAGGGGAGGGGUCCGGCAGGGACCAGAGUUGGAUCUGCGGCAAAGCGGAGCCUCCGGAGGUAUGGCGGCUUGUGCUGUGCCGUCAUUUCGGAUUCCCGACCGAUUUCGGCACUAGUUAAAUGGGGUGAAUCACCCAGAUCUUGAAUCAACUAGUAGAUCAUCAACACAGGGGCCCAAUUCAUUCUCCAGAUGAGUUGGGAGCUGGGGCAGCCCGCGCGCGACCCA